AUGUCCACGCUCCUGUCCCUGCCUGGACUCAUCAACCUAGGUCUCUCGCUCCUCAUCCCGCCGCUCGGUCUCCUUCUGCUCAUCCCCCUCGCCGUUGUGCUGAACGUGUACCACUGGGCGACGCUCGCCACGCGCUGGCUGCUGCUGCGCGCGCCCUCGCCCGCGCUCUCCUGGCGCUACUCGUCCCGCGACAAAGUUGUUGUCAUCACUGGGGCGUCGUCAGGCAUCGGCGAGGUGAGCGGUGCUGCACGGUGGAGCGCGGUGGAGUCAUCCCUCCUACUGGAAUUGCCCCCACACCUGAAUGUUCCCAUCAUGCGCAAGGGCGCUGCUCUUCACUACUCCCCUCCUCUCCCCUCUUCCCCUCCCCAUCCCCACUUCCCCCGCACAACCCCCCCCCCCUCCCCCCCACCAAUCCCCCCAACAGUACAUGGCUACAUGGCGCGGGAGUAUGCGCGCAAGGGAGCGGCGCUGGUGCUGGCGGCGCGCAGGGAGAACCGCCUGCGCGCCGUCGCCGAGGAGUGCCUGCGCCUGGGCGCCGCUGACGUGGCGGUGCAGCGCGCUGACGUGUCCACGGAGGAAGGGUGCCACGCGGUGGUCAACGCUGCAGUGGAGCACUAUGGGCGGAUCAACGUGCUGGUGUGCAAUGCAGGAACGGCACACCCGGGCCUGUUUGAAGACGCCCAGGACCCCACCACCCUCCGAAGCAGCAUGGUACCCGGGGCGGGCGCGAGGGACAUAGAUUUCUGGGGCAACGUGUGGCCGACGGUGUUUGCGAUGCCGUACCUGCGCAGGAGCCACGGGCAGGUGGUGGUCACGGCGUCAGUGGCGGCAUACCUCACGUACCCGCGCCAGUCCAUGUACAAUGCGGCCAAGGCGGCCAUAGUGCAAUUCUACGCCACGCUGCGUGCAGAGGUGCAUCCUGAGGAAAUGGCUAUUACCAUCGCCAUGCCUGGCUUCGUGCACUCCGAACUCACCUCCCGCGCCGACGCCUCUACGCACAUUCCCUGGUGGUGGCCCAUGCUAUCCACGCCGGAGGCCGCGCGCAUCAUCGUGCGCGCCGCGGAGCUGCGUCAGCGCCACGUCAUCGUGCCCUUCUGGUACAGCGCAUGGCUGCUGUACCGACUGUUCGCCGCGCAGGUCAUGGACUGGUCGCAGCGCGUCAUGCUGCUAGGGCGCGCGCCGUCGCGGUUCGUGAAGGGCGCGCUGGCGGCGGCGGUGGGGGAAGAGGGGGCGGAGUGGCUGUUCCGCAGUGUGGCGGCGACGCCCGCCAAGGGGAAGGGCAAGGUGGAAUGA